UUUGUCGAUACAUCCGCUAUAUACGUCCAGCGCACCAACAUAUGAUCAGCAGGAGAUGCUGUGCAAUAUUUUCAGUGUGUGAUUGCGCCGAUCCAAGUUGGAACUUUCGAGUUGCAGUGUUCCAUAUUUAUUUCUGUUCAUGUUGCCUUAACUUCGCGCUGUGCUUCCUGAGCGUUCUCUCCGUUUCACUUUCUCAGACAGCAGUAACCGUGAAGCGGUUUCUUCGAGACGUUUACGGUAUGGAAGACGACGGGCUGUUUGACGAGGACCCUGAUUUGUAUGAGAUCACGGAUUUUACAACAUCGACGGAAUGGGAAAGGUUUAUUGCUUCAGUAGAAGCAGUCAUUCACGAAUGGAAACUCACAACAUUAAGGACUCUAGAGCCAUUGAAAGAGGGUGAGCUUUCUGGCACAAACUGGAAGACUUGCUCUGAGGACAUAAGGUUUGCCAGUUUUGCAUUCAAAAUUACUAGGCAUUACUUACAAGAAGCUUCAAGAAGCUUAGAUGAAAGCCAGCAUCUUGAAGAUGAACCAACCCCCUUUGCCCUAGAAGAUAUGAUGACUUUAGGCAAUGAUUUCCCUCCUAGGGCUCAUUACUUGGUUCGAUGGUUUGGCUUGCGAGACUUUUUAGUUAUAGCACCAAGCAGUGAAGAGGAAGCUAUCUCAAGUGAAGAUAGAACGAAACUUCUUGUCAGCUCUGUUUCUGUAGCUUUAAACAACUCAAAGUGUCCACUGCCAGCUUUUGUGCAGGUCCACCACCCUCAAGAGCGCCUGUGCUUUGGCGUAUGUGUUGGGGGUGGACUGACAACACACUUUGAGAUGGUGCAUCUUAACCAUGUCCCAAAGCCCUGCAGCAAUGUGUCUGGCCUCUUGUCGCUCUUCAAAGGAAAGCUGUCGUAUGCCUCGCAACAAAGUCCAGCACCCAUUCAGCUAACCAUACGGUUUACCUACAUGCUUCAAGAUUGGUCCCCGGCUUCAUGGCCACAGCUUCCACAUGAUGUGACUGAUGACUGGUUCGACAUUGGCAAUCUUAAACUUGGGAAAUUGCCAUUUGGUGCCUUGGAAGAUCCCAUCUCGGAGAUGCAGCUUUCUGUUACCUGGCCCUCAGUUCCGGAGGAUGUGGUUGUGGAUAAUGAUGUCUACAGUGAUCUUCGACCGGAAAAUGCUCCCAAGUGGUCCAUCCGCAUGCGGUGGAAAGAAAACCCUGACUGUUUCAUGGAAGAGUACCUCAGAAACUUCUUUGUGGUAUGCCAGAUGACCAAUUCACUAGACGAUGUGCUCAAGAAUAUGGUUCAGACGGAAGACCUCUCAGCCAAGGCUGAAAUCCUUGAUGCAUUGGAUCGACUGGCGCAGCCCAAUGCUCUACCUUUUCGACUGCCUCAGCUGCCUCAGCCGGAGGUCUCCCCAGAGAGCCCGCGUAACAUGCUACUACGAAAUCAAGAGCUGCUUAUUGAAAUUCUGGGCUACAUCUUCCUGUCUUCAGAUGCCACUCCUCAUGAAAAGAAUGUGCUGGCUGAAUCUCCAGAACUUGAGUUGCCCCCUGAGGCAGACACAAAUACUAAGCUCUUGGAACUUCAGGAAAGCCUGAAUUCAUUGAAGACGACCCAUCCAAACAGUCUCCUUUGGCGUCUGGCGCUUGCGGCAGCACAUGUGUACCAUGCCUGCGGUGGCAUCGAAGCACUUGCGCAGCUUUGGGUCAAAGUAAUUGCAGAGAUGCGUUACUACUGGGAAAACAACCUCACUCUUCCAAGCCUCGAGCCUGGCACACCGAACCUCGCUGCUUCAAUUCUCCACCAAAAACUUCAGAUGCUGAACUACUGCAUCGAAAGGAAGAAGAAACGAGACCGGCGCAACAUGGCCGCGGACGAGUCUGGCUCCCAGCCCAAGUCGGGGUCAAGCGAAAGCGACGAGGAUAUAUUCUACGAGUGUCCCGACGACAUCGCCGCAGAAGGUGACAAGGGCGAGUCCGGGGACAAUACUGCCAUCGUGGGAAACGGCUCGAAGGAGACUGCGACAAGCAGCACAGGUGAACAGGAAGUCGUGCGCGAGGGCGUACUGCGCCGGUGUGGCGACAUGACGCUGCUUGGAAGCAGCGAGCCCCUCUACAUUCCUGUCACGCAGGAGCCGGCUCCGAUGACGGAGGACAUGCUGGAACAGCACGCUGAAGCACUGGUCAAGCUGGGAAGCAACCCCGAGGGUGCUGUGCUGCGUGCACGCAUGCAGAGCGCCUGCCUCUUCUCCGAUAUGGAGGCCUUCAAGGCAGCUAAUCCAGGAGCAUCACUGAGUGACUUUGUGCGUUGGUACUCUCCACGUGACUGGGUUGCACCAUUAGUGGAUCAGACAACUGGACAAGUGAUUGAAGAGGGCCACUUGAGUCAUCGUAUGCAGCUACCAGGCAACACUUGGCAAGAGGUUUGGGAGACUGCACGCCCUAUGCCUGCACAUAGGCAAAAACGCCUUUUUGAUGACACCAAGGAAGCAGAGAAGGUGCUGUAUUAUCUCCUGUCACUGCAUCCUGCUGAGAUUGUGAAGCUCUUGAUACCCAUUUUAAUCCACUGUGCUUUAGCACACAUCAUUGAUCAUGCCCACGAGGGUCCUCGUUCCUUGACAACAUUCCUGGAGCAAACCAUAACUAAGGUGGCUUCACAACUCAGAGGGAAAGAACCAAAGUAUAAGGAACUUCUGAGCUUGCUCUAUGAAGCCGAGGUAGCAAUCGCACGGUGUGUGAGCCUCCGAAAGAAGUUCAACCUUGACCACUGCACUGCAGGCUCUUCGGCCACAUCAUCUGACAGUGAUGUUUCACAGCGUCGUGCCUCAAGUGUUUCUGGACAACCGAGUAGCACAAGAAACCAGACUGCAAUUGAUGUAAAUAAGUUUGUGCUGGACCUUGUUGACAAUCCAGAGGUCUCUAUACCAGGUGCAGGGAAAGGCACUGUAGGGAAGCUAGUUUCUCAGCUUUUCGUCGACUCUAUGAAGUUGCAGGAAAGCGAUACAGCUUCAGAAGGGGAAGAGGACGGUGAAUGCAAGUUCCCCAGCCCAGCGGCGCGCGAGUACAUCCUGCGCACAAGGCACAGUCGGCCAACGCCUGCUUCAAGGUUGUCCCCGCAACGCAUGUUCUGUGUCAUGGCAGGAAAUGACUUUCGCCUGGCAGGUGCAUUCACCCAUGACACAAUUUUUUACUAAUGUUUAGAGACUACAGUUAUGUCUCUUCUAAAGUACUCACAGGUUUUUACUUUUUUGUGUUUAAGCUUAAUCUCUUCUCGAUAUGUGAUGGCAUGCUUUGGUGGCAGACAACCUUUACCAGCAUUAAUCUUAAGCAUUGGUGAUGGUUAGGUAAAUGCAAAACUUGUUUCUGUCUGUUACACUUUCAAGUGGUAAGUUGUUCCUACUUGAAAUUGUGAGAGAUUAGGACGUACUUAAUAAUGCAAAAAAGGGGGAUCAUAACUACAUAGAAUGCUUCACUUGUGCAACAAUAUUUGACAUUUUAGCCAAACUUUACAAACACUGACCAUAAUUCGGUACUUUCUGUGGGAAUUAACUUAAAUACAGCACUUCUUAUUAGCAGUGAUUUUAUGUGCUAAAUGAUGUAUUCCUGGGAGACAUUUCUAUCUCAUUCAUUUUACUUUCAAUAUAAUUGCUUUGCAAGCAUAUUGCGAUUUUUCUUUAACUUUUUCCCUAUUUGUGAUAGUGAGUGCAGUUAGUGCAUUUUCAUGCGAUGAAUUGCUUAAUAAAAUUAGUAUUUUUUCAACUUGGAGGCAUCAUAACAUGUGAUGCCACAAAAGUACUACAGUCAAGCUUUGAUUUUAGGGGUGUGUACUGUACAACGACGCUAAACAGAACUGCCGAGCUCAGUAUGCUCAUACUGAGAAUAUCACCCAUAAUACAGUUGCGCUCUUUGGCCAUCAAAUGACCUGCCACGGUGGUCUAGUGGUUAAGAUGCUCUAAAGUCCCUAGGUUUUUCCCUGUUCUUUCUUAAGUACCGACAACCAUUGAAGCGCCACUGACGAAUCUCAUUGGCUAAUGCUUGUUUUCGGUAGCCAUGUUCUUCCGAACGCUUUUCCGGCACUAGGUGAAAUGCGUCCCCCACUCACUAAUGACGGGGGAUUGGCGGGAGGAGAAACGUGCGUCGCGUUAGCAUAUUGUCUGCUGAAAGAUGCUUGGAUAAUGUACUAAGAUGUACGUGGCUUUGUAAAUCUUCCAAGUUAGGAAGAAAAUGGCGGCAAACGCCGGCUGCGCGUGAGAGAGCACUGGGAGAGGAGGCAGUUGUCGGUACUUAGGUAAAAGGGAAAAAUCUAGGGACUGUACUUAGACGUACAUGGCUUUGUAAAUCUUCCAAGUUAGGAAGAAAAUGGCGGCAAACGCCGGCUGCGUGUGAGGGAGCACUGCGAGAGGAGGCAGUUGUCAGUACUUAGGUAAAAGGGGAAAAUCUAGGGACUUUAACGUGCUUGACUGCUGACCCGCAGGUCGCGGGAUCAAAUCCCAGCCGCGGUGGCUGCAUUUUCGAUGGAGGCGAAAAUGCUAGAGGCCCGUGUACUUAGAUUUAGGUGCACAUUAAAGAACCCCAGGUGGUCGAAAUUUCCAGAGCCCUCCACUACGGCGUCUCUCAUAAUCAUAUCAUGGUUUUGGGACAUUAAACCUCACUAAUUAUUGAUUAUUAUGGCCAUCAAAUGGCGAUUGCGCCACAAAACACUAUAUAUAUA